UGACUCAGUUAGUCAGUACGUUUUCAACUAUCGGUCGGUUAGGAUUCGUUGCAAUCGUUUAGCCAAACAACGCGCUAGCCACGUGUUUGCUGGAAUUUCGGUUAUUCUGCAGCGUUUACGUACGAUUUUCGGAUUAAAGUGUGGAACAUUUUAUCGGUGUUGUUUUUGGAAGUUGUUUGCGCCAGUUUUCAGGACUUGGGAUACGUUUUUGAGGCAGAAAAAUUGGAAAGUGUGACCGGCUUAGCUUGAACCAGGAAAAGUAGUUCUCUGAGAUCCCAGCUAGAAAUUUUCAUCCUUGAAAAAUGCCUGCCACCCUGGUCCUCGAAGAUGGCACCCUCAUCCAUGGCGAAUCGUUUGGAGCCCCGAUCGAUUCGGAUGGCGAGGUCGUCUUCCAAACGGGCAUGGUCGGCUAUCCGGAAUCAAUGACGGAUCCCUCGUACCAUGGACAGAUCCUGGUGCUGACGUAUCCACUGAUCGGGAACUACGGCAUCCCGGAUGGGGAUCUGGACGAGCUGGGCCUAAUGUUGCACUUCGAGUCGAACAACAAGAUUUGGACUUCGGGGCUGGUGGUGGGAGAAAUUUGCGAAGAACCCUCCCAUUGGCGGAGCAAGCUUACGUUGUCGGAGUGGAUGCAGAAGCAUAAGGUUCCUGGGAUAAGUGGGAUCGAUACCAGGGCUUUGACCAAAAAGAUUCGUGAGAAUGGAACCAUUUUGGGUAAAAUCAUCCAGGGUCACCUAUCGGAUGCCUCAAGUGUCGAGUUUCACAAUCAAAAUUUACGAAAUCUGGUGGCAGAGGUAUCGCUGUCGAAGCCUACUACGUACAAUCCGCAAGGGUCACCCCGCAUUUGUGCCAUCGAUUGUGGGUUGAAGUUGAAUCAAGUACGGUGUUUCGUCAAUCGAGGAGCCCGAGUGGAUGUUGUUCCCUGGGAUACCAAACUCAAUUCGGCUGAUUUCGAUGGAUUGUUCUUGAGCAAUGGUCCCGGUGAUCCAGUGAUGUGUAAGCAGACCGUCGAUAACCUUCGUGGAAUGCUUGGAGGGUCGGUGGUAAAGCCGAUUUUUGGUAUCUGCCUGGGUCAUCAACUGUUGUCGACAGCCGCAGGCUGCAGUACGUUCAAGAUGAAGUACGGUAAUCGAGGUCACAAUCUACCCUGCAUACAUAAGGGAACUAAGCGGUGUUACAUGACUUCGCAGAAUCAUGGCUUUGCUGUGGAUGCUACGAAGUUACCUCAGGGUUGGGAAGAGCUGUUCACCAAUAUCAACGAUCAGACCAACGAAGGAAUCGUGCAUACAAGCAAACCGUAUUUCAGUGUUCAGUUUCAUCCGGAACACACCGCAGGACCGGAAGAUUUGGAAGUUUUGUUCGAUGUAUUUUUGGAGGCGGUAAAAGAAUACAAGCUAUCUGGAUCAUCGAAGGUAUCGAUCAAGGAGAAACUGAAUGCGGCUUUGCAGUACAAACCGAAGAAAGCUAUUGACACCAGUAGACCCAAGAAAGUAUUGAUCUUGGGAUCGGGAGGUUUAUCGAUUGGACAGGCCGGUGAGUUCGAUUACUCCGGGUCACAAGCGAUCAAGGCUCUGAAGGAAGAACACAUUCAAACGGUGUUAAUCAACCCAAAUAUUGCGACUGUACAAACGUCUAAAGGUUUGGCCGAUAAGGUUUACUUUCUUCCGUUGACUCCCGAUUAUGUUGAGCAGGUGAUCAAAGCUGAGCGUCCGGGAGGAGUUUUGUUAACUUUCGGAGGUCAAACAGCAUUGAACUGUGGGAUUGAGCUGGAGAAGGCAGGUAUUUUCCAGAAGUACCAGGUUAAAAUUAUGGGAACACCGAUAACUUCGAUCAUCGAAACCGAGGACAGGAAGAUCUUUGCUGAUCGAGUGGCUGAAAUUGGUGAAAAAGUUGCACCAUCUGCUGCAGUUUACUCUGUUCAAGAAGCUAUCCAGGCAGCCGAUAAAAUAGGGUAUCCGGUGAUGGCAAGAGCUGCCUUUUCAUUGGGGGGUCUAGGGUCAGGAUUCGCCAGCAACAGGGAAGAGCUUAAGACCCUCGCUCAGCAAGCCCUUGCUCAUUCGAACCAGCUGAUCAUUGACAAGUCGUUGAAGGGUUGGAAAGAGGUCGAAUAUGAGGUUGUUCGAGAUGCCUACGAUAACUGUAUCACGGUUUGUAACAUGGAAAAUGUAGAUCCCCUAGGCAUUCACACCGGGGAGAGUAUCGUCGUUGCUCCUUCUCAAACUCUUUCCAAUCGAGAGUACAAUAUGUUGAGAUCCACAGCUAUCAAAGUCAUCCGGCACUUUGGAGUAGUCGGAGAGUGUAACAUCCAGUAUGCUCUGAACCCUUACUCUGAGGAGUAUUACAUCAUCGAGGUCAACGCGAGAUUGUCCAGAAGUUCAGCUUUGGCCAGUAAAGCUACCGGAUACCCACUAGCUUACGUCGCAGCGAAGCUUGCUCUAGCAAUACCUCUACCAGAAAUCAAGAACUCUGUUACUGGAGUCACGACUGCGUGCUUUGAACCCAGCUUGGAUUACUGUGUGGUGAAAAUGCCCCGCUGGGAUUUGUCCAAGUUCACUCGAGUCAGCAAGAACAUUGGAAGUUCUAUGAAAAGUGUCGGUGAGGUUAUGGCAAUCGGAAGAAAGUUCGAGGAAGCCUUCCAGAAAGCUCUGCGGAUGGUAGACAACGUCAACGGAUUUGAUCCUUACCUUAAACCGGUUAACGACAAAGAACUUCUGGAACCUACUGACAAGCGAAUGUUCGUACUGGCUGCCUCCUUAAAAGCAGGAUAUUCUGUUGAGAAAAUCUACGAACUCACCCAGAUCGAUCGUUGGUUCCUGCGAAAGAUGAAAACUAUCAUCGACUUCACCAAUCGCCUGGAGAAACUGUCCGCCAUCCCGGAUAGACAGAUGCUGCUGGAAGCGAAACAGAUAGGAUUCUCCGACAAGCAGAUUGCAGGCUUGAUCAAGAGUACGGAAUUAGCUGUUCGACUGCAACGGAAAGAAACCGGAGUGCUUCCAUUUGUCAAACAGAUCGACACCGUUGCUGGGGAGUGGCCUGCCUCCACAAACUACCUGUACCUGACCUACAAUGCAACGGCCAAUGACAUCGAAUUCCCCGGUCAGUACACAAUGGUCAUUGGAUCGGGUGUCUACCGUAUUGGAAGCUCGGUGGAGUUCGAUUGGUGUGCAGUUGGGUGUCUUCGAGAGCUUCGUAACCUGGGCCGAAAAACCAUCAUGGUCAACUACAAUCCGGAAACCGUUAGCACGGACUACGACAUGUGCGAUCGUCUCUACUUUGAGGAAAUUUCGUUCGAAGUUGUCAUGGACAUUUAUGACGUCGAACAACCGGAAGGAAUAAUCCUAUCGAUGGGUGGGCAGCUUCCGAACAACAUCGCCAUGGACCUCCAUCGGCAGCAGGCCCGAAUCCUUGGAACCUCCCCCGAAUCGGUUGAUGGAGCGGAAAACCGUUUCAAAUUCUCCCGCAUGUUGGACCGAAAGGGAAUCCUUCAACCUCGAUGGAAGGAACUAACCAACCUGGAAUCAGCCAUCGAGUUCUGCGAGCAAGUUGGUUAUCCUUGCUUAGUAAGACCUUCCUACGUCCUAUCGGGAGCAGCCAUGAACGUAGCCUACUCCAAUCAAGAUUUGGAGACGUACUUGAAAUUUGCCUCCGAGGUUAGCAAAGAGCAUCCGGUUGUUAUUUCCAAGUUCCUGCUCGAGGCAAAGGAAAUCGAUGUCGACGCUGUUGCUGCGGAUGGAGAAAUUCUGUGCAUGGCCGUUUCCGAACACGUGGAGAACGCUGGAGUUCACUCGGGUGAUGCAACGCUCGUUACUCCACCGCAGGACAUCAACCCGGAAACACUAGAGAGAAUUAAACAGAUUACCAGGGACAUUGCGGCUUUGUUGGAUGUAACUGGACCGUUCAACAUGCAGUUGAUCGCAAAGAACAACGAACUUAAGGUGAUUGAGUGUAAUGUACGGGUGUCAAGAUCGUUCCCAUUCGUGUCCAAAACCCUCAACCAUGACUUUGUUGCCAUGGCAACAAAGGUCAUAGUCGGGUUAAGUGUGGAACCGGUUGAUGUACUGCAUGGAUGUGGCAAGGUGGGGGUGAAAGUGCCGCAGUUCAGUUUCGCUCGACUUGCGGGAGCCGAUGUUAUGCUGGGUGUUGAAAUGGCGUCUACCGGGGAGGUUGCCUGUUUUGGGGACAACCGGUACGAGGCUUAUCUUAAAGCUAUGAUGUCUACGGGAUUCCAGAUACCGAAACGGGCUAUCUUGCUCAGCAUUGGGAGCUUCAAGCACAAAGUGGAAUUGCUAUCAUGCAUCAGAACUCUUCAAAAGAUGGGAUACAAGCUGUACGCAUCGAUGGGAACAGGAGAUUUCUACACGGAACAUGGAAUUGAUGUUGAAUGCGUGCAAUGGACUUUCGAUUCUGCGAUCGGGUCGACCAAUGGGGUGGACGAGAAUGGAGGCACCGCCGGAGAAUUGCGUCAUUUGGCGGAGUUUUUGGCGAACAAGCAAUUCGACAUGGUGAUUAAUCUGCCGAUGCGGGGUGGUGGAGCAAGGCGGGUGAGUUCAUUCAUGACGCAUGGUUAUCGGACCCGGCGCCUGGCGGUAGACUAUUCGAUUCCGCUGGUGACCGAUGUCAAGUGUACGAAGCUUUUGGUUGAAGCGAUGAGCCGUAUUGGGAGGGCCCCACCGAUGAAGACCCACACGGAUUGUAUGUCCUCGCGGAUGAUGGUGAAGCUGCCUGGGUUUAUAGAUGUUCAUGUCCACAUGCGGGAACCGGGUGCCACCUAUAAGGAAGAUUUUGAGUCUGGGACGGCAGCUGCGCUUGCUGGAGGUAUUACUAUGGUGUGCGCAAUGCCCAAUACGACUCCACCGAUUGUAGAUCGACAGUCAUUUCAGUUGGCCCAAGAGCUGGCUCAGAAGGGAGCUCGUUGUGAUUACGCUUUGUUCGUGGGAGCUUCUUCGGGAAAUUUCACCACUAUUAGCGAGCUUGCUCCUCAGGCUGCGGCUUUGAAGAUGUAUCUGAACGAAACCUUCACGACGUUGAAGCUGAACGAUAUGUUGGUGUGGCAGAAGCAUUUGGCAAACUGGCCGAAACGAGCUCCUCUUUGCGUCCAUGCUGAGCGUCAAUCGAUGGCAGCUGUAAUUCUGUUGGCUUCGCUCGUUGAUCGACCAAUCCAUAUUUGUCACGUGGCCCGGAAAGAAGAAAUUCUGAUUAUUAAGGCCGCUAAGGAGCGAGGUAUCAAGUUAACCUGUGAGGUUUGUCCACACCACUUGUUCCUUUCGACAGCUGACCUCGAUAAGAUUGGGCACGGUAAAGGAGAGGUCAGACCUGUUUUGUGCAGCCCUGAAGAUCAGCAAGCCCUCUGGGAUAACAUGGAUGUUAUCGAUGUUUUUGCCACGGAUCACGCUCCACACACGAAGGACGAAAAGGAAUCUGCUAAGCCGCCUCCAGGAUUCCCUGGAUUGGAAACGAUUCUUCCUCUGUUGCUGAAUGCGGUUAAUGAAGGCAAACUCCAACUGGAUGAUCUGAUUUCUAAGUUCUACAAGAACCCUAAGCGCAUCUUCAGCCUUCCGGAACAACCGAACACUUAUGUGGAAGUAGACUUCGACGAGCAAUGGGUCAUCCCAGAAUGUCCAGCGCACUCGAAAGCCCGUUGGACUCCGUUUGCCGGAAUGCGCGUUAAAGGUCGUGUUCAUAGAGUGGUUCUUAGAGGAGAGACGGCCUUCGUCGACGGAGUUGUUCUCGUUCAACCGGGGUAUGGCCAAAACGUCCGCGAGUGGCCUUUGAAGAAACCGACGGUUGCGAAGAGCGUCGAAAGCAUCAAUGCCUCCAUGGAUGGUGGAUUGGAUCUUCUGGCACUGACGAAAUCCCUGGACAACUCCCGACAAGGUCAUGACAUGUGGGAAGCUGAUGGACACACAAACGAUAUGUUCAGCAAACUUUUGUCUAACGGAGUCGCUUCGGAGAGCAAUAAGCUAAGUGUCAGCUUUACCGAUUCUCAGCUGCGACCCCUGUCCCCAAUGACCCGGGUCCGCAGUGAUUCGACGAGCAACUACGGCAAAGACAAUCCAACAAUUUUGAACGGGCCGGGAGCCACUUUAGCUCCGAAAGAUCGACCCCUCACCGGAAAGCAUAUACUAACUGUGGACAUGUUCAGCAAGGAACAGCUGAAUGUGAUCUUCAACGUGGCCCAGACUAUGAGAGGUCGGGUUGCCAAAGAUCGACCUUUGGACGAUCUGCUCCGGGGUAAGGUCAUGGCUUCCGUAUUCUAUGAAGUCAGCACUCGCACCAGUUGCAGCUUUGCCGCCGCGAUGCAGCGUCUUGGAGGCAGAGUGAUCUACAUGGAUGAAACAAGCUCAUCGGUUAAGAAGGGGGAAACACUGGAGGACAGCAUUCUGGUGAUGGCUGGAUAUUCGGACGUUGUGGUGCUGAGACAUCCGGAACCGGGAGCUGUUGCGAGAGCUGCCCAGCACUGCCGCAAGCCGCUGAUAAAUGCCGGUGAUGGCGUCGGAGAACAUCCGACCCAGGCCCUGCUGGACAUCUUCACGAUUCGGGAGGAAAUUGGUACCGUGAAUGGGCUCACAAUAACCAUGGUCGGUGAUUUGAAGCAUGGUCGCACGGUUCAUUCGCUGGCCCGUUUGCUCACCCUGUACAACGUCAACCUGCGCUACGUUAGUCCGGCCAUGCUGGGAAUGCCGGAAAAAAUCACCCGCUUCGUGGAGUCCAAGGGAAUAUCUCAGAGGGUGUACUCUAACCUAGAAGAGGCUAUCGGUGAAACGGAUGUCCUGUACAUGACCAGAAUACAACGGGAGCGUUUUUCGUCUGAAGAGGAAUACAAAGAGUGCUGCGGGCAGCUGGUUCUCACCCCACACAUCAUGACCCGGGCCAAGAAGCGGAUGAUCGUGAUGCAUCCGCUGCCUAGGGUGUUCGAGAUCAGCAAGGAGAUCGACAUCGAUCCGCGGGCAGCCUACUUCCGGCAGGCCGAGUACGGCAUGUACGUCCGGAUGGCCCUUCUCGCGAUGGUUUCCGGUAGAUGUUAGAAUACCGUGAACGGCCCUAAUUCUGCGCAUUUAAGGAUUUUUCAAAUGUUUUAAGUUAUAAAAAAAAAACCUUUUUAUGAAUUUCCUCAAAAUUUCGUGUACAGUUGGGUUAACUAACAAAUUUAACGGCAAAAAUAAUGAGAGCUCAAUUUCGGAGCGAAAAUGUGGAUUAUUUACAACAUUUGGAAAAAAUGCAAGUGGCCCUUAUUCUGCGCACGAUUUUCUAUUUGUUCCUAAUUCUGCGCACGAUUUUCUAUUUGUUCCUAAUUCUGCGCAUAUGUCCCAUAUUCUGCGCACCCAAAUAAAACCAAUAUAGCAUUCCGUACUUGUAAGACAAACAUUGAAUUUAAUUAAAAAGUCUUAAAAACAUGUUUUACGCUUAGUAAAGUAUUGCAAAUUAUGAAAAAGGGCCAAUUCGAGCCUUGGAUUUUUGAACCUUAUGUGACACAUUCUUUCACUAUUUCUUACACUUGCUAUAUGUUACUUGCAGAUGCUUUUUCCUGCAGCUCGCUUACCCAAUAUUUAUCGACCGAUCACGUUCUUCGCCGGAUCUGGUCAAAUUAACUUGUUUCGUUGGUGUGCAGUGCAGACUAUUCCGACAUACAGAAGCAGUUCCG